GACUGCGUGCCUGUAAUGCCACGGCAUCUUUCUGCGUCACACGUGUCGACUGCACGGCGCGAGCAACGCUGCGGCGGGAAUCGGCUGUAUAGCAGGAUGGCAGCAGUAGUCGAUUCUAGCGGUAAUGACCAGGAAUGACUGCGGCGACAGUGGCAGUCGCGCGUUGACUUUGGUGGUGCUGUCGAAACAGCACUGGAAGUGAACUUGUCGCGCAACUCGUCCGCCGUUUCUACGUCUGGGCUUCCAACUGCGGCGUCUGUGGAGUGAACCGUGAACAGUGCACGAGUGCGUGAGCGAACGGCAACGCCCAUGCAUUCGUUGUGCGUGUGAAAAAGCUCUUUCGCAGUCGCCGGCUACCUGGAUAUCCGCCUGCAUGUUGCCUGCGCCCUGAAUCACCAUAUGCAAAAUUUCUUCGACGGCGUGGCCUAAGCUUCCGCGAAGAAAUGCCGUGCAACGCAGUUGACUUGCCGCGGAUUAUGGCAUAAGCUCGGCGACCUCUGCUUCGUUCGAGUUCACCUGAGCUGGGCAGCGUCUCUGGAAAGGAGGUUACUCCGCGCGCCAUGGAGAAGAAUGGGCUCUUUUUGGGAAGCAACUCGUGUAAAACGCGCGUGGUGAAUGAGACAACACCGCUUAAGCUCGAUUCCCAGCUCUUGGAUAACAGUCCUUACGAAGGUGGUGACCUCAACCGGAAAUGUGUACUCACGCUGAGUAUCGUAUCUGUCGUCUUCAACAUUGUCGUCGGGGGCACGGGGUUCGUGUUUGCGCUCCAGAGGAACAGUGCUUCAAUAUAUGCAUUCGCGGCCGAGUGCCUUCUGGACAUGCUGUCUUCGAUAAUUGUGAUAUGGCAGUACUUAACACCACACUAUUCGUUCGCAAGAGAACGUGUAGCCUGCAUGCUUCUGGGACUGUUCUUUAUACUCUCCGCAAUAGCCAUUAUCAGCAAAGCCAUGGACGACCUAAUCGUGCGGGAGAGUCCCACUUGGAUACCCGUCCUCAUUAUCCUUGCCGGAGUUGGCGCAGCAGCCUGCUUUCUCUUGGCGGUUAUCAAAUUAAUCCUGGCUAAGCGACUAGGAAGCUUGUCCUUAGUUCUUGAUGGGAUAAACUCCUUAAUAAGCAGUUUCUGCGCCGUGGCCAUAAUAGUGAGCGACCUGGUUUACGACUCCAACCCCGAAGUCUGGUACAUGGACGCCGUGCUUAGCACAGUUGCAGCGCUCAUCAUGCUACUCGUUGGGGCCAAGGUUCUGUUUGAAAACUGGUCGAUCGGACGCCACGGCCACAUGACACUUCAGUGAAAGACGGUGGCCUCGGACAGGGUAUUUCUGCUUGGAAGUGCGACAAUCGCUCGUGUUCCACCCUCCUCUCCUCCCACGCUCUGUGAAACGGUGCGGAGGCUGUGUCCAAGUCCCGCCUUUCUCCUGGAGUCCUCGGCGGGCUACACGGCGCCAGAGGACUCUGCACGUUCUCUGCUGGACAGACGGCGACGCUUUCAUGUAGACCAUUGCACCGCACUGUUGCCACAGUGGUGCGGCAUGGCCUGCCUUAUUUAAGCUGAAGGAAGCGCACGACGUGGUUUACAUGCUCGGCCUGUGACCAUGAAGAUGUGCGCAAUGUAUUCGAGGUCACCGCGGUACGAGACACAUGGUUUCUCGCGCGAGAAUCCUUUUAGAGGCGGAGUUUGUUGUACGUCUGCAGUAUUCUUUGGUUCAGUGGUUCAUUGAGCAUCAGCGAGAAACCUGAUCGCGAGCGCAUUUCCUUUGUACCCGAAUGGUGCCUUGCUUUUUUCGUAUGAUAUGUGGCUCGUGAAGGCGAAGAUCAGCGUCGGUUGACGUACCCCACAUGCUCAUCGGCAGCACUUCGUAGCUCACAAGAGCCGCUGGUCACGCUGGGCUUUUGUGAUUAGCGUCUCGCGCGGCUAUGUGGCAGCGACGAAGUUGCCAAGCUUGGGUGCGUUGCAGCCGAUUGCAUUCUAGUACGAGGUGGUAACUGUGAAUUAGAAGCCGGGCACGCACCGAUAUUAUGCAGCUUGUAAGCACUGACCGCAGUACACGAUCAAUAUGAGUCCAGAACACGCUGCGCAUGCCGCAUUACUGGGACGCGCUUCGAGGCGAUCUGGAGCGGCUCGAAGUCUACGCACGCGUUCCGACCGAGCCGAAAGCGCGAGAUGACCACUUUCGAGGAUUUCAUUGAGUUAUUGGUUCAAGCAUUGCUAUCAGUGAAAAAGAGAUGUAAUUGCAUGCGUAACAAGUUUUUAUUGUUUUAUUCUGUGUGAGUUGUCAUCGUGUGAGAAAUGUUUAAAAAUUUACAUUAUAACAUUGACAUGUAGUGCAAUUCAUGCACUCGUGAUCGAAGAAGCUACAAGAAUAUUUAUUUCUCGUUUGUUCGUUUUUUAAAAAGAAUUAAUACGUCAGCUGUGAACACAAUAAAGAUAUCAUCUGAGCUCCUUCCUUGCUUUCGGCGAA